AUGGCCGAAGCCUUUCGCACGACCCACGGACAACCAUUUCAUCACGACGGAUUGACAGCCUUGCCACAACUGCGCGAGCAGGCCAUUCCCCAGCGUUCGUCCUCGCUAAGCAAAAGUACCCGGCCGCUGACAGCCGGUUUACCGCCAUCUACCAAAGGACAUAUUCAGCCCGUGGACGACGGCAGGAUUGCCUCGACGCCCAACGCCAUUCUUCCCAUCAGGCGCAAACCGAUCCCGUCCGAGGUUGCACCAAAAGGUGAUUCGGGAGGGGAACUGUCAUCGUCACCAUCAUCUGCUUCGGCUAGGUCCACCAGCCCUCCACAAGCGUCCUCCUCCACAACCAGCCAGAGGACACCACGUCAUUUUCCUCUUGCGCCGAACGACCCUUCUCCAUUAAACCCGUUAUACCACAUCCCAUCCACAAGCACUCCUGGCAGCAAGCAUACCAUGUCAUCCGAUGCUGCCAGCUCUCCCACACGGUUGAACAACUCCCAAUCCAACGAACAUUUCAUCCUUCCACCAGGAUUCAGACCUGGGAAAAGCGCGCGUACAUAUGUUGAGGAAACCAUACUCCCCGCUGUGACUCAGGAAGUGGUGAAGAAUCAGACUACGGAGAUUGUACAAGAAAACAUUAUACGCCACAUCCAUGUGCAUCACUAUUACACGUACGUCCAGCCGAUUAGGGCUGUCGAGAUCCUACCUGCUCGACAUUUCGUGAUUGACGAAAAGACGGGUCAAAAGGUGGAGGUCGCAGCGCCCGAGGGGUGGGAAAUGCCUACUUCAAUGCAGCCAACCAAGCCCGAUCUCAGCGGCCUAGAACCGGAGAGCAGACAUUAUCUCGUGGACGAGGAGCAUCCAAAAGGCGUUUCUGAGCCGCCGCCAACGGAUGAAAAGCCAAAGAGUCCCCAAGAACUCAAAUCCAUUGCUCGAGUAACCCAUGCUACAAAAUGGUCUCCCUUUCCGAAAGCAUAG